AUGACCAAGCUGACCCUCCUCACUGGUUUACUUCUUGUGCUGACAGCUGAGAUAGGUAAUUCCUAUCACCUGACAUGUUACUUCACCAACUGGGCCCAGUACAGGCCUGGCCUGGGCCGCUUCAAGCCUGAAGAUAUUGACCCCUGCCUCUGCACCCACCUGAUCUAUGCUUUUGCUGGGAUGAAGAACAACGAGAUAACAACCAUUGAAUGGAACGAUGUCACUCUUUACCAAUCUUUCAAUGGCCUUAAAAACAAAAACAGUGAACUGAAAACUCUCUUGGCUAUUGGUGGCUGGAACUUUGGAACUGCUCCCUUUACCACCAUGGUUUCCACACCCGAGAACCGCAAGAUUUUCAUUAACUCCGUCAUAAAAUUCCUGCGCCAGUAUGGGUUUGAUGGACUGGACUUUGACUGGGAGUACCCUGGCUCUCGUGGAAGCCCACCACAGGACAAACAUCUCUUCACAGUUCUGGUGAAGGAAAUGCGUGAAGCUUUUGAGCAGGAAGCUAAGCAAGUCAACAAGCCCAGACUGAUGGUCACUGCUGCUGUAGCUGCUGGAAUCUCUAACAUUGAGUCUGGUUAUGAAAUCCCUCAGCUGUCCCGGUAUCUGGACUUCAUCCAUGUAAUGACUUAUGACCUCCAUGGCUCCUGGGAAGGCUACACUGGUGAAAACAGCCCUCUCUACAAAUACCCAACUGAUACUGGCAGCAAUGCCUACCUCAAUGUGGACUAUGCCAUGAAUUACUGGAAGAACAAUGGGGCUGCAACUGAGAAACUAAUCGUUGGAUUCCCAACAUAUGGUCAUAACUUCAUCCUGAGCAACCCCUCCAACAAUGGAAUUGGAGCUCCUACCACUGGCCCUGGUCCUGCUGGGCCUUAUACCAGGCAGGAGGGGUUCUGGGCUUUCUAUGAGAUUUGUAACUUUUUGAAGGAUGGGGCUACUCAAGUGUGGGAACCUUCUGAGGAAGUUCCAUAUGCUUACAAAGGCAAUGAGUGGCUUGGAUAUGAUGACACUAAGAGUUUCAAAAUUAAGGCUGAAUGGCUUAAGAAAAAUAAGUUUGGAGGUGCCAUGAUUUGGGCCAUUGAUUUGGAUGACUUCACUGGAAAUUUCUGCAAUCAGGGCAAAUACCCCUUGAUCAACACCUUGAAGGAUGCCCUGGGUCUGCGGAGUGCAAGUUGCAAAGCUCCAGACCAGCCCAUUGAGCCUCCCAGCACAGGUGGUGGCAGCUCAGGAGGCAGCUCUGGGGGCAACACUGGGGGCAGCUCCGAUGGCAGCUCUGGUGACAGUGGAUUCUGUGCCAACAAGGCCAGUGGCCUAUACCCCUACCCUACUGACAAAAAUGCAUUCUAUAACUGUGUGAAUGGACGUACCUUCGUUCAGCACUGCCAAGCUGGCCUCGUCUUUGAUGUUUCCUGCUCUUGUUGCAAUUGGUGAUAUGUUUGUCAGAUACCACUUUAC